AUGGCCCUCAGCUUCCAGGAAGCUGAGGGCUGCGCCAUCAUUUGGCGGUUUGUCAGCAGUAUUCAACAGACCUUCCACAACGCGAUGGCCGGGACCGGAGAGGGCUUAUCAGACGACCUCGCGAUUGAGGUUCCUCCCACAAUCAAUCUUCCAAAGGCUGAGCUGGGCAACCUACCGGAAAUCGAGUCCAGCAUGCGCAUCAUGAGUUCUACAGCUAACGGACGUGAUGCUCUCUCCAAAUCGAUCAUGGCUGAUGACUACAUCAGCAAAUUGAUCCCCCUGGUAGAAAUGGCCGAGGAUUUGGAGAGUUUGUCAGAUCUUCACCGACUUUGCAACAUCAUGAAGACAAUCAUCCUUCUAAACGACACAUCGAUUAUUGAGCACGCAGUAUCCGAUGAAUGCGUCCUUGGUGUCGUGGGCGCCUUGGAGUAUGACCCGGAUUUCCCAAGCCAUAAGGCCAACCAUCGACACUGGCUUGACAACAAGGGUCGGUACAAGGAGGUAGUUCCCAUCGAGGAUGAGCAAACGCGCCGCAAGAUCCACCAAACCUAUCGCCUACAGUAUUUGAAGGAUGUUGUGCUUGCGCGAAUACUUGACGAUCCUACAUUCUCGGUACUCAACUCGUUGAUAUUCUUCAACCAGGUUGACAUCGUCCAGCAUCUGCAGUCUAACUCAAGCUUUCUUGCUGAUCUGUUCGCCAUCUUUGCGUCUCCAGUUCGCAACCAGAAGAAGCGCAAGGAGGCGGUGCUGUUUAUUCAGCAAUGCUGUGGUAUCGCCAAGAAUAUUCAACCACCUGCCCGUCAGACGCUGUACAACAACUUUCUCUCCCACGGACUACUCCCUGUGAUCAACUUCGGCCUCAAACAUAACGAUGUAGAGGUACGAGUAGGAGCAACGGACAUCCUGGUUUCGAUAAUCGACCACGACCCUCAGAUGAUUCGACAAACUAUUUAUCGACAAAUGCACGAGAACAAGCCGCAAUUGACGGAUUCUCUAAUCGAGCUUCUGCUUGUCGAAGUCGAUCUAGGAGUGAAGUCUCAAAUCUCAGAGGCUAUCAAAGUCUUGCUGGAUCUGGGACCGCCAAACCAUCCUGGCCCGGAGAAUUUCCCCAAGGUCAAUGGAGAGAUGAAUGGGAGGCCCAGGCCCCAGACUGCCAUGGACCCUCAGCAGGAGGUGUUCCUAACGCGAUUUUACGAGCGAUCUGCACCCAAUCUUUUCAAGCCGUUGCUUGAUCUGGAACACCGAACUGAUAUGAAUUUUUCCCCUCAGCAAGCGUCUAUGUUCAGCUAUCUCAUAGAAAUCAUGUGUUUCUUGGUUCGACAGCAUCAUCGAUUCAGCAGAUAUUUUGUUUUAACCAACAACAUCGUCGAGCGAGUUGGUCAGCUUCUCAACUUUGGAGAGAAGUUUCUUCAAUUAGUUGCAAUUCGUUUCUUCAGAUCCCUGAUCGGAAUGCAAGAAGAAUUCCUGAUCAAGCACUUGACUGAAAAGGCAGUACUUGGUCCACUUCUCGAUGUGUUGAUAUCCGCCGUGUCACGAGAUAACUUGCUCAGCUCCGCCUCAUUAGAACUCUUUGAGUACAUUAAAAAGGAGAACGUCAAAGACUUAGUGAAGUACCUUGUGUCGAAUUAUAGGGAGAAGUUGCUUGGUUUGGGCCACAUGUCAACUUUCCGCGAUCUCCUACUUCGGUACGAUCAAACACAAGGAUACACUGUUAACAUAGACUGCUUUUUGGAAGCUGAGGAGGAUGUGGGUAGGAGGCCACCUCCAACACCCACAAACCGAAUGAUGGAGCACAUCACCAUGGAUCCGGCCGAGGAGGAGUACUGGAAUGCGGCAUCCGACCCUGAAGACGAAGAGGAUCACGGUCAAGAGAGAGGAGGCAAGUCCACAGCCAAUGGCUCUUCAACCCCUCUCAAACCUUUGGUCGACUAUGCCUCGGAUGAGGAAGCAGAUGAACAAGCGGAGGGAACCCCCGAGAAGGAAAAGGAAGGCGACGAUGCAAGCAGCACUAGCUCUGGCAACGAUUCGACACUCUCAGCAACCGGACCCCCUGAGCGUAUCGCUGAGAAGCGACGACGCGAAGAAGCCGACGACGACGAGAUUGGCAAAUUAAUGCAGAACAAGAGACGGAACAGCAGCUCGUCAGCCUCCAACGCCUCCGUUUCAUCCAGCGUGUCACGAAGACGUAAAUCCUUCACCGGCGUUUCGGGCAACAACGCCCCAAAGAUUUCUAUCAGUCUGUCGCCUGCACUCAGGACAGGCGGGGGUGCAAGGUCAGAUGAGGACUCUUGA